AUGAAAAGUCUUCACUUGUUGUCUUCCUCGAUUCUCCACCGCUUUGCUUCUCGCAGCAUCGCGUCUCUGUCUUCAAUACCCAGAAGAGGAAAUCGCGUCCGUACACUCAAUCCUUCGUUUCCUUUCCCUUUAUCGACGAUUCUCUCGAGACCCAUUUCCUCAGGCAAAGUUUUGGCCAUGGCGGAACAGCCCUCGUCUUCGACCUCCUCAACAUCUCCGAAACAUACCAACCGUUUGGCCGCCGAACAUAGUCCUUACCUUCUUCAACACGCUCAUAAUCCGGUUGAUUGGUAUCCAUGGGGAGAAGAAGCUUUUGAAGAAGCAAGGAAGAGAGACGUGCCUAUCUUCUUAUCAAUUGGAUACAGUACCUGUCACUGGUGCCAUGUGAUGGAAGUUGAGUCAUUUGAAGAUGAAGAAGUGGCGAAACUCUUGAAAGAUUCGUUCGUUAGUAUCAAGGUAGAUCGAGAAGAGCGGCCUGAUGUCGAUAAGGUUUAUAUGUCGUUCGUCCAGGCUCUGUACGGUGGAGGAGGGUGGCCACUGUCUGUCUUCCUUUCACCUGAUUUAAAGCCUUUGAUGGGUGGAACCUACUUUCCUCCAGAUGACAAUUAUGGACGACCAGGAUUCAAGACUCUCCUUAAAAAGGUGAAAGAUGCGUGGGUGACUAAGAGGGAUACUCUUAUGAAGAGUGGUAAUUACGCUAUUGAAGAACUGUCAAAAGCUUUAUCCGCAAGUGCAGGAUCUGAUAAGUUGUCAGAUGGGACUUCUCGGGCGGCUGUGAGUAUAUGUGCAAAACAGCUUUCUCGGAGCUUUGAUUCGGAAUAUGGUGGGUUUGGAUCUGCACCAAAGUUCCCAAGGCCUGUCGAGAUCCAGCUGAUGCUUUACCACUUCAAAAAGUUGAAGGAAUCUGGGAAAACGAGUGAGGCUGAUGAAGUCCAGAGUAUGGUUUUAUUCAGCUUGCAAGGCAUGGCAAAUGGUGGGAUGCAUGAUCACGUCGGAGGCGGGUUUCAUAGAUACAGCGUCGAUGAAUGUUGGCACGUUCCUCAUUUUGAGAAAAUGCUAUACGAUCAAGGGCAGCUAGCUAAUGUUUACCUCGAUGGGUUUGCAAUUACAAAGGAUGUCAUGUAUUCUUAUGUGGCAAGAGACAUUCUUGAUUAUCUGAGAAGAGACAUGAUUUCACCUGAAGGUGGAAUAUUCUCGGCUGAAGAUGCUGAUAGCUUUGAAUUCGAAGGUGCAAAGAGAAAGAAAGAAGGAGCUUUCUAUAUAUGGACCAGCGAUGAGAUUGAUGAAGUUCUUGCGGAGAAUGCGGAUCUUUUCAAGGAGCAUUAUUACGUUAAGAAAUCAGGUAACUGCGAUCUUUCGAGCAAGAGUGAUCCACACAACGAGUUCGCUGAAAAGAACGUGCUCAUCGAAAGAAAUGAGCUGUCUGCCAUGGCGUCGAAGUUUAGCCUCUCUGUUGAGAAGUAUGAGGAGAUUUUAGGUGAAUGCCGAAGAAAGCUUUUUGAUGUCAGAUUAAAGCGACCUAAGCCUCAUUUAGAUGAUAAGAUAAUCGUGUCAUGGAACGGUCUUGUUAUCUCGUCUUUUGCAAGAGCUUCCAAGAUUCUCAGGGCUGAGCCUGAAAGCACCAAGUACUAUUUCCCUGUUGUGAAUAGUCAGCCAGAGGAUUACAUAGAAGUUGCAGAGAAAGCAGCAUCGUUUAUAAGAGGGAAUCUGUAUGAUGAGCAAUCACACAUGUUACAACACAGUUACAGAAAGGGACCAUCGAAAGCUCCUGCCUUUUUAGACGAUUAUGCUUUCUUAAUCACUGGUUUACUUGAUCUCUACGAGAAUGGAGGUGGGAUCGAGUGGCUUAAAUGGGCGAUUGAGCUUCAAGAAGUACAGGAUGAGUUAUAUCUCGACAGAGAAGGAGGAGCUUACUUCAAUACUCAAGGACAUGACCCAUCUGUUCUUCUCCGUGUAAAAGAAGAUCAUGAUGGCGCAGAGCCUUCAGGAAACUCUGUUUCUGCUAUUAACCUUGUGAGAUUAGCUUCCAUAGUCUCCGGAGAAAAAGCUAACUCCUACCUAAACACAGCACAGCGUCUUCUGGCUGUCUUUGAGUUGAGGUUAAGAGAACUGGCGGUGGCAGUGCCGCUAAUGUGCUGUGCCGCGGAUAUGAUCACUGUGCCGUCAAGGAAACAAGUUGUAUUGGUUGGUCCCAAGUCUUCGUUGGAGAUCAAUGACAUGCUUUCUGCAGCACAUUCAGUCUAUGAUCCUAAUAAAACGGUGAUUCACAUAGAUCCUUCAAGCUCUGAUGAGAUGGAGUUUUGGGAAGAGCAUAACAGUAAUGUAGCAGAGAUGGCAAAGAGAAACAGAAGCUCUGACAAAGUGGUUGCUCUUGUUUGUCAACACUUCACUUGUAGUCCUCCUGUCUUCGACUCUUCUUCUCUUAUUCGCUUACUCUCCAAGUAG